GGUUGAUUCACGACUGGCGCAGAAUUCGUUUGAAAAAUCUUGGGGAAAUAUACGAAAGGUUGACUGCAUGUGACACAAAAUGACAGCCAAGAUUACCCAUCAUGCAGGGCUUCCUUAUGUGCAGAUUAUAGAAGAGGAGUUACAGUUGUCUCUAUCUACCAUUGAGGAUUGCUUUGAGUGGCUAAAUCAGUCACUGGAGGCUUGCAGAAAAUCUUUUGCAAGACCUGAUAUUGAAUUACUUCCACAAACACCUCAUGCAAAGAGAUGUAGACGAAAAAGGGUUUUGACUAACAGAGACAGUGAAAAACUUGGGACAGGAUCAAGUACUGUUGAAAGUGAAAAAGACAGCAGCACUCCUUGUAAGACAACUCGACAAACAAGGACACGGCAUGUGAAACAGACGAGUCCUGCUGCAACACGCGUAACGAGGAGCACCAGGUCACGAUUAAACUUCACUAAUUCGAGCUGUCCUUCCUCGUCCCAAUCGAGCAGCCCAGAUGGUGAUGUCAAGACAUCCGCUACCAAGCCCGUGUACCAUGUUGUGUUUAGUCCUCCCCCAGCUUCUCCGGGCAGCAUUGUUCGGCAGAGAACGUCUGCAUACGAAGCUAUGUUGGAGAAGAAGCACAGUCCAAGCCCAUUAAAACAAGCAAGAAAAGUUGCAACAAAUGAUACACCAGAACACCAUUCCAUGCCAAAUACACCAGAAACUUUGAAACCCCUCAAGGUGAUAGGUAAAGUGACGUCGCCGAGUCUACGGAAUAGUGCAAGCAAGGUCGCUUCCCAAAGUCUGAGGGAAACAUUUGAAAUUACUUCUAAUGAAAAUACACCUAGGAAUUCAACGCCUGAUGAUCAUUUCAAUAACUCACGGGUGCUUAAGAGUGUGGAAAAUAAAAGACGUUCUUCUAGAAAAUCUCUGAAAGCUAUGACGAAGCAGCUAAGAAAAUUGUCUGGAAGACCCAGUAAAAGGUUAAGUCGAAACCCGCUCAUGGAGUCAUUCAUAGACCAGGUAGAACCUAUGCAGUGUGAAGAGGCUACCAAAAGACCACGUACUAGAUUACGCCUGAAAAAGACAACUCUGAAUAAUAAGACUGUUUCAGACGUUUCUGGUAGAGAAGAAAGUGUCCCAACCAGUUCUGAAUCCAACACAGAACGAGAUCAUGGUGUUCAUUUAAGUGCUGAUGAUAAAGAAAAUAAGGAAACUAAUUUCAAGGUUCAUGUGCAAUCCUCCACUGAACAGCGAAAAACAUCCAUGCGACCUGAAGUAUCAGAUAUGUCUGAUAGUGAACAUGAAACGUUUAGAGUGCCCAGAACAAAAACAAGGGUUAAGAAGGUGAAACGACUUAAAGUUCAAGGUUCUGAGAGUGAUUUGCCCAGAACGUCUUGUAGUGACUCAGACACUAGUACUGAAAGACCGGUGAGACAGAGCACACGUACAAAGACGAGAAAGAAUAAGGCCAUUGAAAGUGAAACUGAGAAACAUUCUGGAUCUGUGAGUUCUGAAGACGCCGUCAGUGUCUUCCAGAACUGUGGUUCUAUACCUACCGAAUUUCAGAUGCCCGACAACAACAGAGAAAAGUCGGCACAAAGAGAUAGUGUGGACUCUGGGAUUGUCAGUACUCACUGUAGUGCCAGCAAUCUGGACCUUUCAUCUAAAGGCAUUGGUGCAGUUAAUGUUGACAAUACAAUUGAAGAAGAGAAUGUGUCUACAUCGGCAACAAGUUCUGGGAGGAGGGCAAGCAACAAGUCUGACAACAGGAACAUUAAUUCAGAGCCAGAGAAUGAAAUACGUACAAGGUUUUUCAGAACAAAAACUAGGAAACGACAAGCAGAAGAAGAGAUGAAAAAUGCAACUCCCAAACGGUCAUGUACAGGAUCUAUGACCAGCUUUGCUAAAAAUGAACAGAAUGAUCACAAACAAAGUUUAGAGCACAAGUCGUCAGAAUCAGCUGGCGACAGUGGAAACAGUGAUGGUGAUUCUAUGAAUAACACACCUUCCCCAGAGUGUCCAAGAGACAAGGUUGUUCACCCUCGUUCUUACUCAUUUAUGAGUAGUAUGAAGUAUAACACUCCAAAACCAUCAAAUAUUUUAUCUGGCAUGAUAACAUCAUUUAUUAAGAAGACCACAAGUACUCCAACACAAGUAUCGCAACAGAUGCAAAUGGAAAUGAGAAGGAAAGAGUUCAAAGAGAAACAACAAAGAGAACAAGAUCGCAUUAAGAAACGUGAGGAACUUCUCAAGAUGAAAAUGGAAGAACGUAAAAGAAAAAGAGAAGAACGAAUGAGAAAGGUUGCAGAACAUCGUGAAAUGAAAGAAAAGCUAGAAAAGGAAAUGAAGGAACAAAAUGCAAAAAAAAUGGUGGAAAGAUUGCAAACAACAGAUAAACUGAAAGAAGAAAAACUGAAAGAAGAAAAAGAACUAAAAGCUAGAAUACGGCUAAAGAAACAGCAGGAAGCUGAAAUUCGUCGUAAACUGGACGCAGAAGAAAGAUUGCGAAAACAACUAGAAAUGGAGGAGGAAUUGAAACGACAUGAGGAUCAGUUACAAAGAAAAAGGGAAUAUGAGGAUCAAGAACGUCAGAAAAAAAUGGCUGAGGAUCGUAAAAAAUAUGACAGGGUUGCCGACCUUGAAAGAGAAAGAUUAGCUGAACUGGAAAAACAGAGGGAAAUUAGAGAAAGACAAAAGCUGAAGGAAGAACGAGAAAGAGCUCACGCACGUGAACGAGCGGAGAAGGAAAGACAAGAACUGGAAAGGCGGCGGGAACGAGAAAUAGCUCUCAAGAAAGAGAUGGAUAAAUUGAAGGAAAUGGAAAAACGAAGACUACAGCUACAGCAGCAGGAGGAGAUGAAGAAAGAAGAGCAGAAAAAGCAACAUCUCAAGUUGAAACAGAUGAUAGAGAAACAUAACAAUGAUGUCCUCAACAAAGGCGCGAUGCCCUCGGCCCUCAUUAACAUUAACAGUGUCACGAACCUCAAUGCCACCGUCACGCUCGACUCGUCCUCCACAUCAGGCAACAAAACAGACUUAUCUGUUAUGGCGAUGAGUGUGAAGUCGAAACAUUCUCACGAAGAGAACUAUAAUAUCACUGAGCUCCACAGCGACGACUCCACCGACGAUGAUGAAGCACCCAGGAAGAAAAUUCCAGCCUGGGCACAAGGUCAAACACUGAAAGCUGCUUUGAUCCAGCAACACUAUUUCCCUCCUGACCUGGAUGCCCUGUUUCCCAAAAUUGUGCCACCAGACUUGAAAGAUAUGUUUGCAAAGCAAAAGCCACGAUUCAACAAACGAGGCAGCUCAGCCAUUUGGGAUUCACCACUUUUUAAGCAAUAUUGACUUUGUAAAUAAGAGCAAGAAUGAGGUUUAUUGUGAAUAAAAUUCUGUAUUAAUUUAUGUGAAGGGAACCAAUGUCAGGGUACUCGAGCCUCAUGGAAAAUCCUGGAAAGUGCUUUGAAAAAGUCUUUAAAUCGCCUGGAAAAAUAAUUUACAACCUUAAAAAGUCCUGGAAUUUUUAUUUAUUGUCCCCAAACCAGGCACCGAAACAAGUCGAGACCCAUCAUUUAGGUUACCAGAAGAUUACCACAUUAGCAAAUUAGAACAGUCCACAUUUCACCUCUGCACUGAAGAUCAAUGUCACUGUUACCAAAAUUUUUAUAUCAUUGCUCUAGCGACUUUAUUACUCUUUUGUGAUUUUCAUGAAACUUCAAACAUAAAAAUAGGAUGAAUUAAUCAUAGGGGGAUUUGCAAUGCCUUUUUAAUAUUGAUCUAUCUACUGGUGUAAUUUUAUUGAAACCUUAACUUAAGUUGAAAAGAAAACAGGUACAUCUAUAUUUGUGUGUGUGCGUGCCAAAUUGUGAUGAUGUCAUAUUUAGUACAGACAGUAAUUGGUUAUAUAAGUGCCAAAUCAUCAAUUAAUAUUGUGCAUUACACCAGUGCAUGAUACUUUUUCAGUAAAAAAUUUAGAUUUUUAUUUCCCUGGUUAUGAGUGCAUGCUGCAAUAAUAAAUACUUGUAAUUAUUAAAUGUUUUCAUAUUUGUUGUCAUUCGUGAAGGAAUACUAACAUAAUAUGCAGUAAUUUCUUCUCUUUUUUUUAAGAAGCAUAUAUUUUUAGUACCAUUAUUUUAACACUCCUAUUUGGUAUGUAUUGUUUGUGUUGAAUUUUAACACUUGUAUAUCCAAGAGACCUCGAACUUCCCAAUGACAACCAGCAGUGCUGCUGUAAAUUGCUUUUGCAAACUUUAUUUUUUGUAUAAAAUUGCUAGCUUUCAAGGGAUGUUAUUCCAUGUAAUUAUUAAAACAUAUUUUGGGUUUUGUAAACCAAUCACCAGGACUUAGUUUUGUAAACUGAAUUCUGCUUGAAAUACUGGAGUUUGAGUGAUAAUAUAUUUUCACUGAAGAUUACGACAUAUACUGAUGGAAAGAAAUAAGGAUACACAGCAAAAAGUGACUGCAACCUAAACCCUUGUCCAUACUGUCCAGAAAUCUUGUGACUGGCAUUCAAUCCAACAUUACUGACAUUCAAUCCAACAUUACUGACAUUCAGUCCCACAUUACAUUUUAAAAGUUUUAUAGACUAUACAAGGCUGGCAGUGAAUUAAAUUUGGUCUACAAUACAAAAUGUUCCCGUAUUUCUUUCUGUCGGUAUAUUAUGUAACUUCACAAUGCAAUGAAAGUAAAACCAUAUGUUGUCUGCUACUAAUUAUAAAAUAAUAUAAUUUUGUGGUUUUAAAUUUUGUUAUUUCAAUUAAUAUUUUAUAUAGCCAAAGCAUAAAAUAUAUAUACGUUGACAAUUUUGAUAAUUCAAUGAUGUGCUCAUUACAAUAUUCUUAGUACUGUGAAAUAACGAUUUUUAAAAAAAAAUGCUGUCCAUUUAUGUCACAAUGUAUACUUUUUGUUUUGACAGCAUUAUAUAUUGUAAAAUGCUGCUGCUGUUCAUAUCAGUAUAUUUGUAGAUGCUGCUAGGUUUCUUGCUUUGAAUGACUAAUAUUGUGUUAUACAGUUUUAACCAUCAUUUCUUACCUAUUGUACAGCAUGUGAUAAAACAAAAUCCACCUUUUCCAGGAUAUCUAAAUAGUGAGUGAAAAGGUGAGGUCCAUGUGAUAUAUUUUUUAUGUACCAUCAGACACCUUUCCAUACUAGCAGAGAAAGAAACUGAUGCAAGUGGUCAUGGAAUUAGGAAAUUCCACUUAUUUUUAGAUUUCAUUUCUUAACUAUAAAUAUUUUUAAAUAAUGUCUGUACAUAUCAGUAUUUUAUCAUACACAAUGUUGUAAUUUAGUUUUUAUAAAUAUUUCACUGCUGCACUUUCUGAUGCCUACUUCAUUAUUGCAUUGCUUUUCAGUUUUGGGUUUGAAUUUAAAUUCAUUAUCAAGCAAUUGAGAACGUAGAGCUAUAACAAUAAUACAUUUAUGUUUUAAUGAAUAUUAUAUACUGGCAGGUGAGUAUAAAAUGUUAGAAAGUCAGCGACAUAAAUUAAGUUUCAAUAUGUUUGAUUCUGUUAUAAAUUACUGACCUUUAGUCGAGACAAGUGCUAUCUCAAUAUCAAUUUCUCAACUGUAUAGCUGUAGCUGAACAUGGUUUUGUGGAAUAAAUCUGUACAUGAACAUGUA